GGUGAUGAGUGUGGCACUCGCAUUUCGGUGUUGCGACGCGAGGUGGGAUUAGGGUUUCAGACCAUUUUUCGUGGUGUUUUGUGUUCGUGAGGCCAUGGCUAUGAGCAGAGUAGCUUCGAUUCGGCCUCACAGGCUGUUGCCGCUAGUGCGGCUUCACGCUUGCAUGUCCACUGAGGCCACGUCGUUAGCCGAGAAGGUUCUUCUAGCUGCGAAGGUGCAAGCUGGGGAUGUAUUGGUCCAAAAUGAAGCUGAUACAGAACUAGGGAAGGCUGUGAUUAAGGCUGCCAAAGAAAGAGGAAUUUCCACCAUCAACAUCUUGCCCUCCAAGCCCGGUGUUAACGAGUCCAUUGAGCUCUUGAAGAGUAUCGGGGGUGAUGUCGUUGUCACUGAAACCUACACUAACACAUGGUACAUGAAAAGGUUGAUAAGCGACCUUCCAAAGCCUACCGUGGGUUUGAAUUGCGGGGAGGGGUUACAAGCCACAGCUGUUGCCAAGUUGCUGAAGGAGGGAGGAACGCUUUUGAAUUGUGGAAAGAGUUUGCCACAAGACGUGACGUAUCCUGGUGCUGAUAGACGGCCACUCAAAUGGGAUGACCUUCUGAAAGCAAGGAAGUUAAAUGUUAAGUCUGUUUGAGGCCCAAUUUGAUUCUUUCUCUUGGAACCGAAUUUGAUUUACAAGGGCAACUUAAGGUUCAUUCGAAAUGAGUCAACUGGUCAUGUCCGUUUCAAUCUUUCGUGUCGCAUAAAUAGAAUUGGUACUCUUCUCAGUUACAGUACCUGAAAUCCUGACUGCAGUGUCAAAGCACCACCUAAUGAAAUAAGGGCUUGAAGUCAGCUGUGUCAUUGGCAUCCUUAUUCUGGAAUGGGUUUAUAAUGCAAUACUAAGUUUCGGUUCCAGUAACAACUGGCUGAUUGCUUCA